UGCUAGUUAGAGUUUGAAAAAACGUGUAGCCGUCCAGCCAGAAAAGAGACAACGUUCACAGGUAGACAGUUGUGUGGAGUUACAGUAACGUUAGCCGAUCAAAUUUACAGUGCCGUCAUUAGAGUUUCGAUUCAGAUAGAUGUGUGGUGGUGUUGGGUGCGGUUGUGUGUCGUAGACUACUAGCGUUAGUAAGCAAUUGACAGAUAACGUUAGCUAAUGCUAACGGUAACGGGAGCUACAUGACCCGUGCACGUAGACAGCUCGCAAACUAACGUUACAACUAGAGUAAAAUUAUCAUCCGUACAAAGGCAAUGCAUGUUGCAUCUCCGCAGACCACCAGGUUAAGCCGCAGAGUUCGUUAGCUAAGGUUAGCUACUGCCUUGUUGUUGAUAUUUAUUUUGUCUUUGAGAACUUGCGUCACGGUCACAGCUGUCAUGUUUCACUCUGUGCCCCGUCGCCCGAUCUGCGGGAUCGGUGUAAAUACAAUGAGGCUUCAGAGCAGCGGGUCAUUCAAGCGGACUGUCGAGGAAGGCAAAGGAAAGCGUGAGAGGUUCCCGUUACUGGGCAGGAGCAUGGGCCUGCUGUUGUCCUGGCUUCAGAAGGCAGGUGUCGGUGCUAGUGAGGUCGCGGGUUCUGGCCGAAAGAGGAAGGGCUUGCUCUCCAUAUUUGCAGACCACUGCAGCUUUGUGACCGGACAGAGGCUCCGGCGUGCCUGCCAGAUCGGCGAGCUUUACUCCAACCUGUACUCCGAGCGGACCAGGCGGACCCUGGUCGGGAACAUAUGGCGCAGGUUUCAAAGCAAGCACGCCCCCAAUGGGAAACUUCUCGCGGCCCUGGCUGGCAUCUUCAUGUGGGAGAACGAGAAGAUUCACGAUGAGGAAAUUCACAGGUGUGGACUUGAACUACAGGCACUGGGUGCGGUCAAAUGUCUAAACACGACUUCAGGGACAGUUGCUGAGCACCUUGAACUUGGCUGGGAAGUUGUGAUGGAGAAAAAAGGCUUCAGAGUGUGGAAGCGACCGAUACCAAACAGUCACCUCUAUGAAUACAGAGUGUUGGGCUCCUACAACGAUGUCACCCCAAGGCAGUUCUUCAAUGUACAGUUGGAUACGGAGUACAGAAAGAAGUGGGAUUCGCUGGUAAUCAAGCUUGAGGUGGUGGACAGAGAUGUCGAUACAGGCUCAGAAGUUGUGCAUUGGGCUACACACUUUCCUUAUCCCUUGUACUCACGGGACUAUGUAUAUGUGCGCCGCUAUGAUGUCGACGUAGAAAACAACCUGAUGAUCCUGGUAUCCAGAGCCGUGGCGCAUCCGAGAGUCCCAGAGACGAAUCAAUUUGUGAGAGUCCAUUCAUACCAGUCAAAAAUGGUCAUCCGCCCUCACAAGUCCUUUGAUGAGAAUGGAUUUGAUUACCUGCUGACCUAUAGUGACGACCCUCAGACUGUCUUUCCCCGUUACUGUGUGAACUGGAUGGUGUCGAGUGGUAUGCCUGAUUUUCUGGAGAAGCUGCAUGCUGCUGCCUUGAGGGCCAAGAACUUGGAAGUGGGAAUCUUUGACUACACAGCUGUCAUUAAAUCCAGCGACACCAACCGCCAGCCAAGCCAGGAGCGCCUCAGUGGAGAAAAGCCACACACAGGUGGUCCUGGACAGAUCUACGCUUGAGAUGGACAUUUGGACCAGGAGUUAUGUUGGUGUGUUUUCACUCUCACUUGAACCUCCAAUCAAACCCUCCAGCUCUAACUUUCUGGGUAGAUUGCAUGAACUGCAAAUGGAAGUUGCAACCUACAUAAUGGAUUAAUAUACAGUAUGUCCAUCUGUAGAUAUAUGGCUACAUUGGUUGUCAAUAAGAUGUCACCACAACAAUGGACUGUUUUGAUGACAGCAUUUCUGUCCCUUUGGGGAGAAAAAAGUCUCCAUAGAAAGUUUCAUGUAGACUGCUGGCAUUGGCACUAUAUUUGCUUAGCUGCCAAUACAAUGUGGCAUUUUGUUUUGCCUCCUUUGGUAAUGUUUGUCUUAGAACUGUUGGUAAGAAUGGAGCCAAAAA